GACAACCCUGGACUAACCCUCACAAAGGAAUUACUUAUUUUUGCCCUCACACUAAAGCUUCUGAACCUGGAAGCCAAAGGAAACACCGUCCUAUAUCUUCCUUAUGUCUUCAUUAACCAUGUCAGCGCGGUUCGCAGUUCUUCAUGUGUUAGGCAUUCUAUCUCUGACCCGCAGCAGUUCUGGAUCUGAAUUAAGUGUUCCAGUGCCCAUCUCGUGCGGGACUCGCGCGGCUGAUCUGCCGGACUCCACGCAGCGGGUUCUGUGUCCGGCCAACUGCACUCUGUGGAAGAUGUCCGUGUUCGGUUCGGGUGUCUACGCCUCCGUUUCCAGCGUGUGCGGCGCAGGAGUGCAUAGCGGGAUCAUAGGAGUAUCAGGAGGGCCGCUGCAGAUUCAGAGACGGCAGGGCAGGACCAACUACCUCAGCUCCUACGCACACGGCAUCCAGUCUCAAACUCUAUCCCGCUGGUCUGCAUCUUUCACUGUGGCCAGAGCUACCAGCUCACCAAUGGAAGUAUCCAGCCAAACCAGCAGCACUUCCAUCCCAGCAUCUGGACCAGUGAAGAAAACGGUCAAGAAAAACCUGAAGAAACCACCAGCAGCAGAAAACAGAGACUGCCAAGUGGAUAUCGCUCUGCUGCUAGAUGGAAGCUACCACAUAGGGCAACGCCGCUUCAACCUGCAGAAGAACUUCAUUGGUAGACUGGCAGCAAUGCUAAAAGUUGGUCCAGAUGGACCACGUGUAGGGGUGGUGCAAGCAAGUGAGUCUCCUCGGACUGAGUUCUACUUAGGCAACUAUAGUAUGCCUAAAGAUGUGAGUUUUGCCCUGAAGGAAGUAGCUUAUAUAGGAGGCAACACCAAUACAGGCAAGGCCAUAUUAUACACUGUGCGGAAUUUCUUCAAUCCUGAAUAUGGAGUUCGAAGAGGUCAUCCACGAAUUAUUGUGGCCUUUGUUGACGGAUGGCCCUCUGAUAACCUGGAGGAUGCAGCAGUAAUGGCCAGAGAAUCUGGCAUUAAUGUGUUUAUAGUGUCUGUUGCCAAACCUAUCCCUGAAGAAAUGGGACUGGUGAGGGAUCAGGACUACAUGAAGAAAGCUGUCUGUAAAGACAAUGGUUUCUUUACAAUGUCCAUUCCCAGUUGGUUCAGCACAAACAAGUUUGUAAAGCCACUGGCUCAAAAACUGUGCUCCCUUGAUCAGUUACUCUGCAGCAAGACAUGCUAUAACUCAGUCAAUCUGGGCUUCCUGAUUGAUGGUUCCAGCAGCGUGGGUGAUGCAAACUUCAGACUGGUCCUAAGCCUCCUAAGCUCCAUUUCUCGCAACUUUGACAUCUCAGAUAUUGGAUCACGCGUAGGGGCCAUCCAGUUCACCUAUGACCAGAGGUUGGAGUUUGGGUUCAAUGAGCAUACAAGAAAAGAUGAUGCCUUGAGGGCCAUCCAGAACAUCCCAUACAUGAGUGGUGGUACAGCCACUGGAGAUGCCAUCACCUACGCUGCUGAGAAUCUCUUCCAGCCUCGUACCAUGGGAAUGGGCAAGAAGUAUCUCAUCAUUGUGACUGAUGGCCAGUCCUAUGAUGAUGUCAGAGGGCCAGCAAUUGCUGCUCAAAGAGCAGGGAUCACAGUGUUUGCUGUGGGUGUGGCCUGGGCUCCGAUGGAGGACCUGAAGGCCAUGGCAUCAGAACCCAAAGAUUCUCACACCUUCUUCACCCGUGAGUUCACCGGCCUCGAGCAGUUCGAGCAGCCAAUUGUACGGGGGAUCUGCAGGGACUUCACAGAGUCCAAUUAGAAACUUGUCUGAGUAGGUGGGAGAAAUUAGGAAGUUUUUGAGUAGGUGGAGGAGAGAAUAUUUUGAGAAGAAAAAAAAUGCAGUAAAGAAAAAAGAGAGAAAGAAAGCAAUAAAAGAGAAGAAGAAAAAGGAAACAGAAUGUUAUGGUCUUGUUUGACCAUCUCUACACAUACUAGAAUAAAACAGUAGUUUUUUUUUGUUAUUUUCUUUCAAAACUAGAUAUAUUCUUUGUGCAAGGACAGGCCUUUUUUCAUUUGUUAGGAAAAUUGUCUGCAAGGUUUUAUGCUUAUGAAGUGUGCUUGAUCCAAAGAUGUUACAGCUUAAUCUGUAUAAAAUGUACCAAACUCAUCCAUCUUUAACGACACAAAGCAUAAUUACUUGAGAGAUGCAACCUUGUCCUAUUAUAGGAAAUACACAUCUUACUGUAAUUUUUGUUUCUUUUCUAAGUUUGAGGUCCAGAAUAAACAGUAGUAUUAUUAUCACAGUAUUAAAGAAAAAAACACAACAAAGAAAGGCUGAUGUAUCAGAAUGGCAAGCCAGUCGGUUUCUACAAAGGUUUGAUGCCUCCGCGUUAGUGGGAGCGCAAGAGAAAGGGUCUGUACCAAUGAACAAAAAACAAAGAGCAAAGCUGAGAAAGCUGUCAGUACAGUGCCCUCUUGUGCCAACCAGCUGUAGUACAGUAAAGUGGAGAGAAUAUCUUUAACAUUCUACAACUUAAAGGUUCACCAAACCACAGAUAACAUGCCUGUGUUAUAUCAAGUAAUGCAAUCUGUACUAGGGUACACAAACUACACAAGCACUGCAGUACAUGCAGUUUUUUUUUUCUGUUA